CAAAACUUCCCGAUCGAAAAGUAAAUGCACACAGGUCCACGUCUAGAACCCAGACAACAAAUACUUGCGAGCCACUAGUAGUAGUCGUGCCCCAAACCCCGGCCCAACCCACACUAUAUAAGAGCCAUCAGCCAUACGGGCCAGAGCCACAUACGCAUUACACAGUGCAGCGGGUCGAUUAGCACAACGCCACUUUUUGAUCCGGGGACUAGCCUGCCAGCUAUCGCGUCUCAAGUCUCAACUCGAGAGACAUCAGCCGUGAGCAAGAGGGGCAGGGAUGUGUGGGACAUGGAGCCGGGCAGCCUGGACACGGCCCGCCUGCUCAUGCUCCUUGCGCAGCAUCAGCAGCACCAGCACCAGCGCGCCGUCGCCGGGGCGCAGGUCAUGGGCGGCGGCCGUGUGUUCGAGUGCAAGACGUGCAACCGGCAGUUCCCCACGUUUCAGGCGCUGGGGGGUCACCGUGCCAGCCACAAGCGCCCCAAGCUGCACCACCCGCAGCUGCACGCGGUUGGCAAUGCCGACGACGGCGCGGCGCUCUGCCUCGGCCGCCAGAUGCCCCCGGUGCCGCCGCAGCCGCCAAGGCCAAGGGUGCACGAGUGCCCCGUCUGCGGGCUCCAGUUCGCCGUCGGCCAGGCGCUGGGUGGGCACAUGCGCCGGCACCGUGUCGAGGGCGAGGCCGCAGCCAGAGCGCCGAGCUGCGAGGCCGAGGCGACCAAGACGGCGUUGGCGUCGUGCGACGCCGGCGGGAUCUGCCUGGACCUGAACGGCUGAACCUGACGCCUUCGGAGAACUGCACCAAGUGUAGGAGCGUGGCGGGGCUCGGCACUGCUACCGGGCAGGUUGUACAUAAGGGCAUCUCCAGCCAUUGAG